CCUCCGGCUAUACCCACGGCUAGCGACACCCGCCCAACCCAACCCACUAUCACUCAUGCACAGCUACAGUAUUAUCAGGCUCUUAUUUGUACUGUUGGCUGCCGUUUGCGUGUUCGCAGAACUGGAAGAAGCCGGCAGCGAACCCGAAUACUUCAUUCCUUACUUGAAGAAAGCCGGACCAUCAGGUCCGUUGCGAUUCGGUAAACGAAAUGGUCCAUCUGGUCCGCUACGUUUCGGCAAACGAUCAUUACCGGAUUCAUCAGCGUACGCACCACAACAGCCGUACCCAUACUUCCCGUACCUUGUGUAGAUAACUCUCUAUCUGACGUCUCCCUCUCUCCUUCUGUUGUUACGGAUUCUGAUGACCAUCCGACGCCGAUCUCAAAAUGUGAACGUGUGUGUCCGUCAUCUGGUUGUAUCUGGUCAAAUUACUUUGAUCGAGCGCUGUUAAAUGUGUUUG